AUGGUGUCAACAGUUCUCAGUCUGGCCUACUGCUCGUCUGUGUAUCCUUCACCUGCACACUUUGUCAUACGGCAAGCAGAAAGGCUCCAACCCCUAGUUCUCCUGAUACCUACUUGCGAUGAACGGCUGCUCGAGACUGUAAGGCAUAUCCUUCAAAAUGGCAUAUCUGUGGAUAUUUGCGUACUGCUCGAUUACUUGGAUGACAUCUGCGGCUCCAUUGUGCUCACUAAGCGAGCGAAGAGGCUACACGGUGUUCUUCUUCCUCAUAGUUGGCUCGUCCGUGUGAUUCGGAGUCAGUAUCUGUACGAGGAUACCGAACCACCGUUGGUUGCGUAUAUGAAUGCCAUGGUUGGCCUCUUGGAAAGACUCGUGAAUGGAGAGAACGGAGACCAUUUACUGUACAAGAGACAACGUCUGAGCUGCGGGGCCCAAGUUAAUCGAAUGUAUGGCACAUUCAUCGCGCGCUGCUGCAGCUACGUCUGUCUUUUGGGUAUAAACAUUGACGAUGUGCAGUUGCAUGAAGACAUCUUGAAGGCCAUAACUUCCGUCCAAAGUCCUGGUCAUGCUAGAAGGUAUAUCAUUGCUGACACUUGGGACCAGCUUGCCAGCACUAUCUGGAUGUAUUCCGCCGCAAUAUCGUCGCUUGAUAGUAUAGUGCAGCUACAGACAACGACACAAACAGAGACAUUCAAACUACCUCCACAUGCGCACGUUCGCGUCGUCACCUGCGAGACCCUCGACGAGGUUCCUUCAUUCCUUGCGCAUGGUUCCUCCCCGAUGGCCAUCUCUCGGGCUUGUCUCCCACCCUUCCGAUCGCGCCCACCAGAUGAAAACCAGAUCCUCGCGGCUAUGGUCAUCUGCAGAGCUUACAAACGAUACCGGUCUCGCCACCGAUCUGAAAGCACAUUCAUUCAAAAGUUGAGGGACCACAGUUAUGAUAUAUGUCUUGAUGCGGCCAAGACUAUGACGGGACCUUAUCGGCACUAUCGGUUACUGUUCCUUGGAUGUGUCCCACAUCUACUCGUUGGCUUGGAAUGCAUGGACCUCCAUGCCACAAGAGUCAUUGAUGAUCAGCAAGAAAAGCUCAAACAGGCGGAAGUUAAGAAACUAGAUGCGACAUAUGCCAAUAUUGCUGAGGCAAGGAAGCUCCUCGAGGAUGUGAGGAGGCUCAAGAUCGACUUGCAACCAGAGGCCGUCGGACACAAGGAAUGCAACUUGCAGUGUUUGUCGACACACACCCGCACCUUCCAACACAUUGUCCGACGGCUUCCCUCUACUGUAACUCAACAAUGGCAGGAAGACAUUGACAUCGGCACCCGAAUCUUGGAAAAUGUGUUUGCGGAAAAGUGA